CUGUGACACUUAGGGGGAGGUCACUAUUAGUCUAUAUUUAAAACUAUGUGCUAUCAGACACAGGCUAUUUUUUUUAUUUCUUACAACAAUAUAAAGAAGGAAAUCUGCCUUGAGUCAUUAGACUAGCUCCCUCCUUCCUCCUUCCUCUCUGUAUCUGUCUAACCCCACCUUCUCCACUCAGUUUCUCUCCUCCUCUGCAACAACCAAGCUGCUCUCUCCUCCUCUAGUCCUUUAAAACAUUAAAACCAUAAGACACAACCUAUCUGGACGAGAUUUUUAUUUAUUUAUUUUUUUUUUUAAUUGUGCUGCAGGAUUUUUAAAUUUCCUGUUCAAUUUCCACAAUGUUGAUUCAACAAUGUAAGAAAAAAGGCAACAAAAAGGCGUAUGGCGUUUGAAAUCUGAAUGUGUCCGAGACAACAAGAAGAGAAGGUGUUAGAGACAAAGAAGCGCGUAGCAGGAGGUGCAAGUUGUCUCUCGCCGUGGUCCCUCUGCCACUACCAUGAGUUGGAGUUUCCUGACUCGGCUGCUGGAAGAAAUCCACAAUCACUCCACGUUCGUGGGCAAGAUCUGGCUGACGGUGCUCAUUGUCUUCCGCAUCGUGCUGACGGCCGUGGGCGGCGAGUCCAUCUACUACGAUGAGCAGAGCAAGUUCGUGUGCAACACGGGCCAGCCGGGCUGCGAGAACGUCUGCUACGACGCCUUCGCGCCGCUCUCGCACGUCCGCUUCUGGGUCUUCCAGAUCAUCCUGGUGGCCACGCCUUCGCUCAUGUACCUGGGCUACGCCGCCAACAAGAUCGCCCGGGCGGAGGAGGAGCGUGCAGACAGCGGGUUUUCGCGAAGGAAGCGCAAGAAGCACUAUCACGCGGGGAGGAAGCAGCACAGGGCCGUCGAGGAGGCGGAGGACGACAACGAGGAAGACCCGAUGAUCUACGAGAUGGCGGAGAUGGAGAGCGACGGUGGCGGAGCGGCGAAAGGAGGCGGCGGCGACGGACAGGCGAAAGUCAAGGCUCGCCACGACGGGCGCAGGCGCAUCAAGGAGGACGGGCUGAUGCGUAUCUACGUCCUCCAGCUCCUGUCCCGCUCCGUGCUGGAGGUGGCGUUCUUAUUCGGGCAGUACGCUCUGUACGGCUUCGCCGUCCCCGCCACCUACAUCUGCUCGGACCCUCCCUGCCCUCACAGCGUGGAUUGUUUCGUGUCACGGCCGACGGAGAAAACCAUCUUCCUCCUCAUCAUGUACACCGUCUCCCUGCUCUGCCUGGCACUCAACAUAUGGGAGAUGCUCCACCUGGGCAUCGGCACCAUCUGCGAAAUCAUACGCUCCCGCCGGGUGCAGCUCCCCGACGAUGAGCUGUACGGUUUGACGAGAGGACGAGGAGCUCUGAGCGAUGCGGUGCUGAGCGCGGAGGAGUACAGCAACUACGCCUUCUCCUGGAACGCCCCAUCAGCCCCGCCGGGGUACAACAUCGCGAUCAAGCCCGCUCUGGUGUCUGCGGGGAACCACAACCAACCGCUGCCCGUCACGGACCUCACCAACACCAAGAUGGCGUGUCAGCAGAACCACGUGAACAUCGUCCAAGAGGAGCGGCAGCAGUACGACGACGAGCAGCGGAGCAGAGCCGGGAUGGGGAACGCCCCCAGGGGGGUUCUUAAGGACGCGGGUCAGCCUCAGAACAAGCCGGAGGCCGACGGUCAGGCCUACAGCCAGCUGCAGGGCCACGGUAACAACCACAGCAAAGCGCAACGCGAACGCAAACACCGGCCCGCCUCCAGACACGCCUCCAGCAAGGCGGACGGGGACAGGGGCAGCAGCGGCACGAGCAGCAGCGGCAAAUACGGAGUGAUAAAGGGUUCGGAGUGGAUAUGAACCAGGACGGGUUCACCAAAAUGCAAUGAGAAUAAGUGAAAAUGUGUUUGUGCUAAACGAAAUUCAGAAGCUUUUCACACACGUUUACAAACCUGGAUAUAUCUUGUGAUAAAAACGAGCAUGUCGGGAGGGUUACGGAUAUUGGUUCUGUGUCAAAAUACUGUAUGAAGGCGGUUCAGAAGUAACACAGAAUAUUCAAUAAAUCAAUAAGUAUGAGCUUUGAAACGUCACCGUUUCAGUAUUAGUGUCGAGUGAAUCCUGUAGACGACGGCUUGCGAGAAACUGACCUGGACGUCAAACUGAGUAACGAUUUAAGUGAAGGUUUAAUGCUUUGGUUCACGGUGGAGAUGGAUCAAAAGAACUUUAUUAUAAUGGCUACAAUCGUGGUGAGGAUGCAGCAAUCUUAAGUGCCUUACCUACACAAAGAGCUGCUUUAUACUGAUCCCUUUAUGUUUUGUUUUGUUUUCAUGUUGUGUAAGUUUACCAUCCUGGGGUUAAAACGUUCAUUAAUAUCGUCUUUUUGUUUUUACCAAACUACUUUUCAUGUGUCCUUCAGCUAAGAAGAAAAAUAAGGUGUAGUUUCCCAGUGUUCCUGUCAUUUCUUUAGAGAAAAUAAGUCUGUGGCAGACUGUGAAAUAUAGCAGCAAAUGGAAAUGACAUUUGACCAGUGAUAUCAGGGUCUUACUGUGUAUUUUUUUUUUAGUCGUAGCUGUGUUCAGGUUUUAUGCCGUGGAUUUGUUUUUUCUGUUUUGUGGACACCAAAGUUAAAAAAAAACAAAAAAGAAAAAAGAAAAGCACCUUCCUGUUAUGUUUCCUGUUAUUAAAAAUGAGUUGUCAUUAACACAGUGAAAUUUAAAUUACAUUAGGGACAAUUGUUUGCACUACCGUUUUUUUGUGAAAAGGUAUUUUUAUGAAUAAGAAGCGCAUGUUUUGAAUAAAGAAUUUUUAUUUGUCUUAUA